CUCUCACUCCAAGAUGGCGGCCGCGGGUUAUGGCGGCGAGGCGGGAAGCGGCAGCGCGGAGUGAGGUGGCGGCAGCACCUCCGCACCCCGGAGCUGCGGCCGCGGCUCGGCGCCGGCGGACUGGCAGCUCCCAUUCCGCUCGCCGCUACCUCCGCGGGGGCACGCGUGGCCGGCUCCAGGGGCAGAGCCGCGGGCUGGAGUGAGGCCGGAGCCCGCUCGGUGUUCCUAGAGAGUGACCGGAGUGUUGAUGACGUGGGCCUGGCAGCUGGCAGGAAACAGCGAGAGAGAAAACACGAGGAUCUGCUACAAGAGGAGGAGAUAGCAGCCCAGGACAGCAAGCUUGUCUUUCUGGGGACAGAACCUCACAAAAAGAAGCGAAAGCACUCCUCCGAUGAGUUCAGCUACAGAGAUCUUUCGCCUUUGGAUCUACCAUCAAAGAAGAAGAAAAAAGCAGUUUCCAGCCCACCCUCUGCUGAUACAACCAUGGAUCUACUCAAAGCUAUCACCUCACCUUUGGCCACUAGUUCAAAGUCUUCAAAGAAAACCUCUGAAAAAUCAUCAUCUCAUUCUUCCUGUGGCCAUUCUGAAAGCAAAAAGGAGCACCACAAGAAGAAGUUAAGUGGAAGCAGUGGGGAGCAUUCACUGGAUGAUGGCAGCUACCACAAAUCUAAAAAAAUGAAACCUCUCUAUGUGAACACAGAGACAUUUACUCUCCGUGAACCUGAUGGCUUGAAAAUGAAGCUCAUCCUUUCGCCAAAGGAGAAAGGAAGCAGUGCAGCAGAUGGUGAGUCUUUCCCCUACUCUUCACCAUCAGCUGCUGCAAAGAAAUCUUCAAAGAAGUCAGCUCGAGAUGAGCAAGGCACAUUCCUUGUGGGUCAUGAACUGCCGAGCUUCCUGAGGUCAACCCGGAAGAAGCACAAGCCACCUCCAGACCCACAUCCACCUUCCGAGGGGAAUGUUGCUGACACCUCCCUUAUUUCAGAGGGCCAUGGGAGUGAAUAUGAUCUGGAAGCACCACCAGAAUCUGGUUCAUCUUCUGGUGGGGAGUUAGAGGCUGGAGAGCUAGUGAUAGAUGACUCCUACCGGGAAAUCAAGAAGAAGAAGAAGUCAAAAAAAAGCAAGAAAAAAAAAGACAAGGAGAAACACAGAGAGAAAAAGCACUCUAAAUCUAAAAGGAGUUCUGGACACCCCGUGGCAGUAACAGAAGCAACAGUAUCACCACCACCCCCUACCACUACUCCUUAUGUUCUUCCUCCACCACCUCCUGUUUUUCACUCAGAUGGACAGGGUGAGAAGAGGAGGAGAAGGGAAGACAAGGAGAAAGAAAAAGCUGAGAAGUGGGAGAAAGAAAAGGAGAGGGAGAGGGAGAAAGAAAAGGAGAGGGAGAGGGAGAAAGAAAAGGAGAGGGAGAGGGAGAAAGAAAAGGAGAGGGAGAAAGAAAGGGAAAAAGAGAAGGAAAAGGAAAAAGAAAAGGAGAAGGAGAAGAAGGAAAAGGAGAGGGAGAAGGAAAAAGAAAAGGAGAGGGAGAAGGAAAAAGAAAAGGAGAAGGAGAAGGAAAAAGAAAAGGAGAGGGAGAAGGAAAAAGAAAAGGAGAGGGAGAAGGAAAAAGAAAAGGAAAGAGAAAAAGAAAAGCCAAAGAAGAAGAACAUGUCUGCAUAUCAAGUAUUCUGUAAGGAAUAUCGUACAACUAUUGUAUCUGAACAUCCUGGGAUAGAUUUUGGAGAGCUGAGCAAAAAACUAGCAGAAGUGUGGAAGCAGCUACCUGAGAAGGAUAAACUGGUCUGGAAACAAAAAGCUCAGUAUCUGCAACACAAACAGAAUAAAGCAGAGGCCACCACUGUAAAGAGGAAGGCAUCAUCUUCAGAUGGUGCACCAAAAAUAAAAGCUUCUCCAACAGGUGUGCUUUCCCCUCUCAAGAAAUCCCCCUCUAGCACUGUGGUGGUGUCUGCCUCACCGGCCAAAGUCCCCGAGACAGAUCCUAUUGAUGUAGCUGCGCACCUACAGUUGCUGGGGGAAUCUCUGAGCCUUAUUGGUCACAGACUGCAGGAAACAGAGGGAAUGGUGGCUGUUUCAGGAAGUUUAUCAGUACUUCUAGAUUCUAUCAUCUGUGCUUUGGGCCCAUUAGCAUGUCUGACAACGCAGCUACCUGAGUUGAAUGGCUGCCCUAAGCAAGUUUUGUCAAACACACUAGACAACAUUGCCUACAUCAUGCCUGGACUUUGACAGGAAGAGAUCCUGGGACAUGCUCAACCUCUGCAUAACUGACUUGUGUGCAUAUGCACUACGCCGGCACUCUGUAAGGGCUCCGUGUGUAGGGUUUUAACGUUUUAUAUCUGUAUAGUAUAUACAUAGGAUUGUAACUAUUUGACUUCUAUUAAUUUUAUGAAAAGUUGUGAAGUUAAGCUGAGAGAACCCUUUUCUGUUGGUGGAUGAAGUGUACUCCAAUCCAAAAGUAUUUUUAUGAGGAAUUCAGAAAGCUUUUGAGAUACUAGCCUUAAAUUCAGAUCUGUUAGUGGGGGAAGCAGCCAGAUGAUCAACUUAUAGAUAUAUGGAAAAAAAAGCUACCAUAAAGGUUGUCAGUGGAAGAGAUUACCCGGAGAGGGUGUGGACUCUAUCCUUGAUGAUACUCAAAAAUUGACUGAGCAGCCUGCUCUAGUUGGACUUCCUUUAAGCAGAGGUGGACAAGGUGACCUCCUGAUAUACCUUCCAGCUUAAGAUGGGAAGGUUAAUUAUUCCAAGGGCAGUUAGAGAUGCUAAUUUAUUUUGGACCAAGGAGUAGAACUGAACUCUUCACCAGCCUUGUUUCUAACUUUUUCAUUUUAAAAUCUACUGCUUGAGGGAAAAGCUGGAUGGCUGAUAAAAGAUACAGAGGUCUUCACCUCUCAGUCACAACUUCCAAGCUCCCCUCAGUGACUUAUGACUGAAAGUUGUCUGCUUACAUUUGGUUUAAAGUUGAAGAUGCCAACAAAUUUAUUCUUGUGGACUUGCAUCGAAAUUGCCAUUAGCAUGAGAUAUCAACAGACUGCAGUGGCUUGUGAGAAUGAACCUCCUGCUGAUUUUUCCAGGGCAUGGUCAGCCCACUUUGAUAGAGAGGAGAGUGGUAGCAGAUGGGAGAAACCUGAAUUGCCUUUGCUCAUCUUGCACAUGUUUUGUGAACAGAGGACUUGAGUUUCUGAGAUCACUGAUCCCAUCCCUUUCACCAGAAGUACUGAAAGAGCCAUGGUGCUGCUGUGAGGCAGUGACUAAUGACUAGUUUGAAGCAGUAAUGACUGAGCAAGGCACAUGUCAGUUGAUUGGACUGAUUCCCCUUCCUUCCAGCCACAUACUUGGUAUUUUGGUUUUCUGCUUCCCUAAAAGAGGAGAUGCAGGAGAGCACUUGAUUCUCAUGUAGGCUUUUGUGUGUCUGUAUGUAUGUGUAUGUGGUGUUCAUAUCAUGUGUAUUUAACUUUUACCAAUAUCUGUAACACUGUAACAGAUUUUAAUUUAUCCUGUAUAUUUCUGUGUGUGUGUGUGUGUGUGUGUAUGUAUAUAUAUAUAUAUAUAUAUAAUUUAAAAGCAAAAAUCCCUCCCCCCACCAACAGUGUGUGGAAAAUAUGAAUCAGGUGUGCCUCAGCCACUUCCCACAGGCAUCAGCUAUAUAUGCAGUAGCAGACAUUGGCUCUGUAUGGGGGAACAACAGCAAGAUUUUAAGUGUUUGUAAAAAAACAGACUGUCUUAUGAAGCUGGGUAGAAGCUGAAAUACAAGGCUUUUUAAAAAAUUUGACCCCAGCAUCUCCAGCCUUUAUAACACAAAGGUUUUAAAAUGAUAAAAGAGCACUUUUGGACUACUUCCAAUUUGAAGUGUAGUUUCUCUUUUUCAGGGCAGUUGAAGGCGAGCUGCCCCUCAUUAUGACCAAGUCCCAAAUCAUAUUUAAAUUAAAUCCUCAGAUGUGCAGGAGGGUUUUUCUCCCCAUUCAUCUUUACCAUGUAUUCCUCAACAGUGCCAGUGCACAGCAGUCUCUCUGUUACUGAGCUUUUCUCAGUUCAAUGUUACAUUUUUUUCAGUAAGUUAGUGGAUGAAGCAGAAGGUUCUCAGACUAUUAUGUAAGUUCUUAUCUGAAGCCUCAGACCAGAGAAUACAUGUUUUGACAAUGCAUGACUAAUCCCAGAGAUUUUGGAAUUGGGAAGAGGCCUGGGAGGGAGGCAGUCUGAUUCAAUUUGUGAUUCCCUGCCCUUACUAAAGCACCUGCUAUUGGGAGUGGCACAAAAAAUGUCUGGCUCUUUCCAGCCCUUUACAACUGAGAGCAUUGUAGUAGAGGGGUAGAUCUCUAAGAAACAGAAGGGGAUCAGCUCUAACUUUGUCAUCUGUACAACGGAAAACUCUUGAAGAGUUUAAAAACACACACAACCCUACUGUAUUGUGUUUUUAUUUAAAAUUUGUACACUUUGUAUAAUCUAUAUCUUGUGGUAUUUGGUACUAGAGGGAAAACUUUGGUGAGACUUAGCAGUUUUUAUAUUUUUGUUAUUUCCGUGUUGUUUGAUCCAGAUUACAUUACAAUUAUAUAAAGAAACUUUUUGUACUGUACUUACAAUAUAAUUUUUUUAACAUUU